CCGAUGAGCGGCGGCCUCGGCCUCCGGCGCAGCCCGGAAAUGUCCGGCCGGAUCGAGAAAGCAGACUCGCAGCGUUCCCACCUCUCCUCCUUCACCAUGAAGCUGAUGGACAAAUUCCACUCGCCCAAAAUCAAGAGAACACCGUCCAAGAAGGGAAAACCAGCCGAGGUGUCUGUGAAGAUUCCAGAGAAGCCUGUGAACAAAGAGGCAACAGACAGAUUUCUCCCAGAGGGCUGCCCUCUCCCCUCGGAUCUGGAGCAGCAGGCAGUAGGAUUUAUGUCCACCAGUGCUGUGGCUUCCAGGUCUCAGAGAGAGAAGAACCAGAUCUGGCUGGCAGAAAAAGAGAAGGAAGUUGUCAGUGCCUUGCGCUACUUUAAGACCAUUGUGGACAAAAUGGCCAUUGAUAAGAAGGUACUGGAGAUGCUUCCCGGGUCCGCCAGCAAGGUGCUGGAGGCCAUCCUGCCCCUGGUGAAUAGCGACCCCCGAAUCCAGCACAGCUCAGCCCUGUCCUCCUGCUACAGCCGAGUGUACCAGAGCCUCGCCAACCUCAUUCGCUGGUCCGACCAAGUGAUGCUGGAAGGCGUGAACUCCGAAGAUAAAGAGAUGGUGACCACGGUGACGGGGGUCAUCAAGGCCGUGCUGGACGGAGUGAAGGAGCUGGUCAGGCUGACCGUGGAGAAGCAGGGACAUCCGUCUCCAACGAGCCCCGCGAAGCCCAGCUCCCCAGCCUGCAAACCCGACGGCCAGUCUGAGCUCCCCCUGACAGAUCGAGAGAGAGAGAUUCUGAGCAAGACCACCGGCAUGUUGCAGCCCACUGAGCCCCCGGACGUGGCGGAUGAAGAGGUGGCGCCCCCCAAGCCCCCAUUACCUGGCAUCCGGGUGGUUGACAACAGCCCCCCACCGGCACUGCCACCGAAGAAAAGACAGUCAGCCCCGUCCCCCACGCGGGUGGCUGUCGUGGCCCCCAUGAGUCGAGCCACCAGCGGCUCCAGUCUGCCUGUGGGGAUCAAUAGGCAGGACUUCGACGUGGACUGUUACGCACAGAGGCGGCUGUCAGGGGGCAGCCACUCGUACGGCGGGGAGUCGCCGCGCCUGUCCCCCUGCAGCAGCAUCGGCAAGCUCAGCCGGUCGGACGAGCAGCUGUCCUCUCUGGACAGGGACAGCGGCCAGUGCUCCCGCAACACAAGCUGUGAAACACUAGAGCAUUACGACCCCGACUACGAGUUCCUUCAGCAGGACCUCUCCGCCGCGGACCAGCUACCUCAGCCGGUGGCCUGUGACCUCAGCCCGCUGCCGGAGUCCCUGGGGGAGGCUGGGUCUCCAUUUCUUGGCCAUCCUUUCCAGUUGCCCAGCAUGCCCCCACCGGAGGGGCCCUCCGCCCCGCAGACGGACCUGCCACCCGCCCUCCCCGAGAAGAAGCGCAGGAGCGCACCCUCGCAGGCCGCAGACGGCCCGGGCUGCAGGGUGUCCUACGAGCGGCACCCCUCCCAGUACGACAACAUCUCCGAGGAGGACCUCCAGCCCCAGGCCGCCGUCCAGGCCGGCACCUUCAUGCCCUUCGCCGCCGUCCUCCCCUUUCAGCACACAGCAUCCUCCACCGCUGUCGAAUUCGUAGGAGAUUUCACUGUUCCUGAGUCAAUAGGGGACCCAGAAAAACCGCCUCCUCUACCAGAGAAGAAAAACAAACACAUGCUGGCCUACAUGCAGCUGCUGGAGGACUACUCGGAGCCACAGCCCUCUGUGUUCUACCAGACGCCGCAGAGCGAGCACGUCUACCAGAAGAAGAACAGGAGGCUCAUGGAGGUGUAUGGCAUCACGGACUCCUUCAGCAGCGCAGAUGGCCCGCAGGAGCUGGCCCCGCCUCCCGCCCUGCCCCCGAAGCAGCGCCAGCUGGCCUCCUAUGCUGCUUCUUCCUUCUCCUCUGUCUCCUACUGUGUCCAGCAAACUAAAGUGGCCUUCACCCCCGAGGACGGCAGUGCCGCUCAGGGCAUCACUGUGUCCGUCUCUAACCCCUUUCUCGGCCGGCACGGCGCCGUGCCCUCGUGCAAGUCUGUGUUCAGGUCCUUCUCCCAGGACUUCGUGCCUCACAACCACGCUUCCGUUCAGCCUUUCCUUCCGCCUACCUCCUCUUCCUCUCCACACUUCCUGCCUGUCCGCCAGUCCCAGAGCUCUGAGCUGGCGGCGCCGACCACCGGCCCGCCUCCCGGCACCGUGGACGGGCCUCCUCCCGCUCCUCAGGAGCGCGCCGCUCACGGGCACGCUGUCCGCCGUCCUCCCGAAACCUCUCUCUCUGACUCGCCCCAGACGCCUUCGGAGUCACCGGCUAUGAAAGACGGACCUUGCAGAGACCCCUCGUCGGCCGGGGGCACCCCUGGGAAGGAAAGCAGAGACGGCGGGGACAGGGCCCCACAGUCACCAGAUGCUCUGGAGUCGGCUCAGUCAGGAGAGGAAGUGGAUGAGCUGACCCUCAUCGACCAUGAGGAAAUUAUGGCCAGACUGACACUCAAGCAGGAGGGCGAUGACGGGCCGGAUGUGCGAGGAGGAUCCGGGGACAUCCUGCUGGUCCACGCGACCGAGACCGACAGGAAAGACCUGGUGUUGUACUGCGAGGCCUUCCUGACCACCUAUCGGACCUUCAUCACGCCCGAGGAGCUCAUCAAGAAGCUGCAGUACAGGUACGAGAAGUUCUCUCCCUUCGCCGACACGUUCAAGAAGCGGGUCAGCAAGAACACGUUCUUCGUGCUGGUGCGGGUGGUGGACGAGCUCUGCCUGGUGGAGUUGACUGAGGAGAUCUUGAAGCUACUCAUGGAGCUGGUCUUUCGCCUGGUGUGCAACGGGGAGCUCAGCCUGGCCCGCGUGCUCCGGAAGAACAUCCUGGACAAGGUGGACCAGAAGAAGCUGCUCCGCUGUGCCAACUCCGACCAGCCGCUCGCAGCCAGGGGGGUAGCAGCCAGGCCAGGAACCUUGCACGACUUUCACAGCCAUGAAAUAGCCGAGCAGCUAACUCUGCUGGACGCGGAACUCUUCUACAAAAUCGAGAUUCCUGAGGUUUUGCUCUGGGCAAAGGAGCAGAACGAGGAGAAGAGCCCCAACUUGACCCAGUUCACCGAGCAUUUCAACAACAUGUCCUACUGGGUCCGGUCAAUAAUCAUGUUACAGGAAAAGGCUCAGGACAGGGAACGGCUGCUCUUGAAGUUCAUCAAGAUCAUGAAGCACUUACGGAAGCUGAACAACUUCAACUCCUACCUGGCCAUCCUCUCCGCUCUGGACUCGGCGCCCAUCCGCCGGCUGGAGUGGCAGAAGCAGACCUCAGAGGGCCUGGCCGAGUACUGCACGCUGAUCGACAGCUCGUCCUCCUUCCGCGCCUACCGGGCCGCCCUGUCAGAGGUGGAGCCGCCCUGCAUCCCAUACCUGGGGCUCAUCCUGCAGGACCUCACCUUCGUGCACCUGGGGAACCCCGACUACAUCGACGGGAAGGUGAACUUUUCCAAACGGUGGCAGCAGUUCAACAUCCUGGACAGCAUGCGCUGCUUCCAGCAGGCGCACUACGACAUCCGGAGAAACGAGGACAUCAUCAACUUCUUCAACGACUUCAGCGAUCACCUGGCCGAGGAGGCCUUGUGGGAACUGUCUCUGAAAAUCAAGCCCAGGAACAUAACCAGGAGGAAAACAGAGCGGGAGGAAAAGACCUAGGGGCGGGCGUGCGCCAGGAGAGGCUCAGAGAGGCCGCCAGGCCGAGGGACGCUGCCCGGCCCCCGGCGCCCCCGCGGAGCACGGCGGACCUGGCCAGCCGGGCACCAGCAGCGGGUCCCGGGACGGAGUGUGAGCUGGCGGGCCGGGCCGCGCCUCCGUCUUCCCGCGCCUUCCCCGCCCCGCCCGGUUCCAGAUCUGCUGAAAGGCGAGUGUGGCCUGAGGCCCCGCAGGGUCUGCGCCCCGGGGGGCCUGGACGGAGCGGGCACUCGGCCAGCAGGGGUGGCUGGGACGCUGCUGCCCCAGAGCGGGGGACGGCGUGGGCAGGACGGCCGGCAGGGCCUUGGAAGCCCCAGAGCACCUGUCGCAGAACUGGCUCAGCCGCCCACCAGCAGGGCAGGGGCUGCC